AUGGAUAUCACCAAAUUUGUUGUCCAGGGCCGCGAUCAGGCUCUCCUCUAUGGCGAUUACUCGACCUAUCACAAGAGCUUGACCAAGCGGCUGCUGAGCUGUCGCAAGAAGCUGGGUAUCUCGACCAAGAACCGUGGCAAGUUUCACCACCAGGACAAGGUUACGGCGGAGAAGAUCGCACAGAAUCAUGAAUAUGUCCAACUUCUUCUCCUUACCAGUGAACGGGCCUGGGCUCAGACAAUGAGCAUGAAAUCCGGUCACACGAGCGAUACGAAGGGCAUCACGGGCCGAACUCGAUCGCACAUUGCUUCUCGUCUUAUCAAGGCCACCCGUGCUGCCGACGAGCUGGUCGAGGCCCUUUCGCAAACCGACGUAUCUGGCGCAUCCCAAACCGAUCUUCUCGAGGCAAACGCAUAUGCCUCGCUUAUCCGCGGUACCGCUGCUUUUGAGAAGCAAAGCUGGGAGACGAGUUUGCGAAACUAUGCCACCGCACGUGUCAUCUACAGCGCGCUGGCAACCGCCACCAAGGGUGAUAUCUACAAGGAUUUGCUUACCGAAACCAUCGAUCCAUCAAUUCGAUAUGCCGCCUACCAACUUCAGACCCCCCGAACUGUGCCGAUUCCUAUUAUCGCUCGAAAGGCGUUCCCUCAAUCUGACUCAAACCUUGUCAGCCAGAUUAACGAGAUUGAUCCGACUAUUCUCAAAUCAGGCGAAGCAAAGGCCAAGGAUGGAAUCGAGAGCGCCGAAGGCGCACCUAAGACCUUGACUUGGCGAUCCCGGGAGGUUAACAUCGAGGAUGCGCAAAUCGCAAUGGCGUGGGGUGCUGUACUCGCUGCGAAGGAUCGACUGGCUACAGAUCUUGCCGAACCCAAAGGACGAGGACCUUACGAACUGGCCGGCGCUUACGACGAGAUUCUCAUGCUCAGCCAGGACGCCGUUGAUGCCACCAAGCAGGCAAUCGACGAAAUGAGGGCUGAGGGCGUGGAACAAGGCGACUCCCGGAUGCAGAGUCUCCAAAUCACACGUACUGCUGUGAACUUCGAAACUAUCAGCUGGAGAAUUGGGCGUAGCCGAGUUCUGACUGGAGAGCAUGAUGGAGCCCCUGACGAAUAUAGCUCUGCGAGAAGACGAAAGGGCAGGGCAGCUCAAGAAGCAGCCAAGCAUGAGAAGGAGAUUCCUACAGGCAAGAAGCUGGCCAAGCUGAAGGAAAAGGUUGCCCUGUACGAUGGAAUACUGCAGAACAUCGAGUCCAUCACGGAGCUGCCUGGUGUGGCCAACGAUCAGGGACUAGCAGGUCAGAUUUCCGCUUAUGUCAAGUAUUUCGAAGCCCUCAAGGCACUGACCAUCGCCCGUUCCCAUGCAAUCUCUGGCAACGCAGCCCAUGCUCUUGCCCUUAUCAACCAUGCCGAUGGUCUUGUCGAAGAGUCUCAGUCCAGCCUGUCGUCAGAUGGAUCGUCAAACCGAACCCCUCUGAGUUUGACUGUGUCUGGUAAAGAUGUCGAGUACCUACAGACUCUCCUCAAUGGCGAGCUCCAGCGUCACCGUGCCAUCGUACAUGUCGACACCCUUCGCAAGAACCAUGAGCUGAGCACAUCAGACGCUGUCAAGCAGCCUCUCAUUGAAACCCUAGAUCAUUAUCCCGCUAAUGGCGUUAACUUGUCGCACAUCGUCGAGUUCCCUCCUAAGAUUGCCGCCAUGCCUGUGAAGCCUAUCUUCCUCGACGUAGCAUGGAACUACAUCGAUUACGCUACCAAGGAGCCCAAGAAAGAAGCAGCAGCACCAGCCGCCAAAGCAGAGACGCCUCAGAGAACCGAGUCGCCUGCUCCUCAGCAAGCAUCAAUAUCGCCGGUGCAAAACUGGCGAACCAAACACUCAUCCUCUAUACAUCCUAAUCCCGCGACAAUCAUUGCCAUUGCCAUUGUCCUUGCCGUUGUUGCUCUUUUUGUUUCAGUUGUUCGUCAACUCCUCGAACGUCGCCUCUCCCAGCGACGCAGCUGGUUUCUCGACACCACAUAUCCACCACCUUCGCCAACAUCUUCUUCAGCUAGCGGUAGCAGCAAGCGAAGCAGGAAAAAAACCGAACAUAAGUCCCGACCUGUAUCUGAGGUCGAAAUUGAGUAUCGACAGCUUCUCUUUACAGACACAAUUCGUCGAGGCGAGCGUGUGCCGCUUCAAAAUCCAAAUGAGCGCGGUUCACUAUAUGACACUUUUCAGCUGCCUGGGCCGCAUGCAUCGAAAUUGAAGCCUGCACGCUCCAUGAUGGAAUUGAACGGAGGGAACCCGCUGGAAGGAGAUAAAGAGGGCCAGAAGAAGGCCAAGACGAUUCACUGGCAUGGUGUUAACAGACUUAAUACUGCGUGGGGAUGGAUGUCAUGA